CGGCGGAAGCGCUGCAGAGAAGGGAAUCUGUCUAAUUUCUUGAGGAAUUUUCAAACUUCUAGCUGUUUUUAUCAGUCUUGCAGUCAUGGGCUGAUUCAAUCCUCUUACCAAGCGUUUCAUUAUGCCGAGCUGUGACAAGAUCGAAGCAAAGGUGGCCUCCACGUGGCUUCAGUUUCGUUGCAGGAUUCCCGAAGUUUAGGUAAGCUUAAUAAGCUUAAUCUAACUUUCUCCCUUUGAAUUCACAAGGCCUAUCCGUUGUUUUUACGUUCGAAAAGAAAACUGCAUCUUAUCAGUUUUCUACUGGGCCCUAAGGCAUUUGCAGACAAUGAUCUUUCUACAGUCGAGUGCACUCAGACAGGUCGCGUGACUUUGAAGAAUUGAAAUGCGUCUUGCAUUGUAAAUUACAUCAGAACCAGCCACACGUUAAUAAUACAGCUUCUAAGUUUUCCGACACCUUAUUUACUAGAAGUUUCCAAUGGAAAGUGAAGUACUGCGAGUAAAGCAUGGCAUUCCAAAUAGUUUGAAUUAGUUGCAGUUUAUUUCAAUGGUUGAUAUUUGACAACACAACACGAGACGAAUUGAGGGCGAUCGAUAAAAACUGAACUUUGAACCAAAAUAUAAUGUAGAUUUAAGUGUUUGUAUCAAGCUACAUUGUAUAAAAGUCCGUAAGAAUAAAUCAGCAUAUUAUGUGUCUGAAACCUGUCCACGAUAAGGUUUAGAGCACGCGAGCGAUGCGUGGAGUGAGUGUGAGUGAAUUUCCAAUCGAGUCCAAUAUUAAACUGGUUCAUAACGCGUACUCUUCGAGAGCGUAUCAAAUCAUUUUCAAUCUUUGGUUCCGUCGUGUAUGAAACUUUUUACUACUAAGAAAGAACAAUUACCUUGUCACAAUUUCCAGAAAAGCUCUUAAUAACUAAAACAAUUUAUCAAUUAAGUAAAUACAGCAAAGCCUGGCUGAAUACAAAUUUAGCCAAAACACCGACUUUAUUUACUGUAGAGUUCCAGGAAUUGCUUCAAAUAUUCUGAGAAACGUAUUGCUUGAAUUCCCGGGAAUUUUUUACCUUCACUUGUAUUCAUACUCUUCGCUUGCAAAAACAUGGCUUUCUAUACGAAACAGGACUUCUCCUGGGCUUUAAGUUUUCCAUAUCCCAUGUAACCGAUGGGCGAGUGUUCCUUGGGUUAAUUUCUUUCUGACUCAAUUGACUGGGAACAAAGGGUGUUACGAAAACUAAGACCCUCGAAAACUAAGACCUAAGACCCAAGACCCGUCUUAGUUUUCGAGAUUACGAAAACUAAGACCCCAUAAAAUCGAAUCUGUCGAAAUAUUAAGUCAAAUUGUAACUGAAAUAGGUCUAAUCUGUCAAAUUAGCUUCUGUCUGAUUCUUUCCACUGAGUUUUAGGUCAAUUUUAACAGUAAAUUUAGGGGUCUUAGUUUUCGUAAUUUCGAAAACAAAGACCCCUCUCUCUUAGCAGCAGUAUAGGUGUUCGAUACACGAAAUGUUAACUGAGAAAUUGCAGAACUGUAAUGGUUUGUUUACAACACAUCACUAUCCCCCUUUUCUAAAAUUCUGACAGAGACAAAGAAUUUUCCUUUAAUUUCCGACAGUAGCGUGAAGCAUUUAUAAACACUGACGUUUUAAAAUUCAGACAAGCGACAUGGGACCCCCUCAGGCAGCGCCUCAUACUUGAAAUCGAAGCAAGUACAACUGAUCGAUGUAUGGCUCAUUCGCUACAAUCACUGUAAGCUUAUAAAAAUGACUUUCUUUGUACCCAUUACUAAGAACGGUAUGUUUAAACUUACAAAAUGUGGACUUCCUCCUAAAGGUUUCUGUAUUCUACACAGUGUAACACGGAUUAUGGUUAAAACAUAUAAUUGCAGCUGUAACAGGAAGAUGACUAUCUUUGGUGAUGCAGCAACGUAAUAUAAAUAAAGAUUUCAGAGUUUUAUUUGGAGAUAUUUUUAUUGUGCCUUUCUUGGGUCCAGCCUUGAGAUAUUUGACAGUGCAAUGUGCAGCCCGGGGUGGGGAAAUUUGGUUGCAUUUGACUGGAAUGAUUUGCCCGUGGGCAGGGAAUUUGACUGCAAAUUUUAGAAAAAUGUCAAAUCCCCACCCCAUGACCUGCCUCCCCCACCCCCACCGGUUUUACAUUGAUAGGUGUAUAAGUGAGUCUAGUCUAGCACAUCAGUUUCUCAGGGGUCAACUAUCUCGACUGUCUCACACGCCACGGCGGUAAGAGGCAAACUUACCAAAUUUUCUCUUCUAACUUUACAAGGCGUUUUUCAAUUCUCGAAACCCGACAUCUAAACUUAUUCUUCUUGCGAUACAUGUUCGCCUCCUUCGCCCUCUUCAUAAAAAAUUGCCACACAGUCAAUGAUGACCACGCCAUCUUCAACCUCAGCAACCUCAGUCAUUGUGAGAAAACGUGUAAGACCUUGAACACAAAUCGAAAAGCGUGGUAAGGUAACUUGAGAAAACUCAUUGUCAUUGGAUGCAACAACAAUCACAUUGUAUAUUAUCGAUCCUCGACCAUUAACUGACACAAAAUGACGCACAAAUGGUGUAAUCAUUUACCGUUAUGUCUCAAGACUUCUAAAUAUUAACUUUUAUUGACCUUUAUGUCCUACUGUGUUUUGUUUUGUGUAUCGUAUUGAAAGGAAAGUGCCAAUAAACGGUACCGUAAUACCAUGAACAAUCUUAUUUCACCGAAUACCAUCAGCCAAAAUGAUGAAAAUCCCAUGCCGCAGAGCUAGAUGAUACCACAAUACCGCAUGUUAAAAUUAAAAUUCCCAAAAUACCGCUUGAAAAAAAGCCCAAUACCGCAAUACCAUAAACCCCCAUGUCCCCUUCAUACAUGUAUGAACGAGUACAAGUUAGUCUAACAGGCCUGAAAGAAUGGCCAAAAAAUAAACAUGAUUGUAAUGUUUUUCCAGUACCUAGCCUUUCUCUUGGUUUUCAUAUAAACAGCCUAGUUAAUGAGGCUAAUGGAUAUAACUGAGAGCAUGUGUUGAAAACACUGUGAGCUUUCAUAUCUUUCACUUCUAAAAUGGCCAGGAAAUAUGACCCAGUCUCUGAUGCAGCCACCUCAUAAACUGCCUAAUCACCCCUAGAAAUGUUACUGAAAAAUGCUGAGUGUGAUAAUGUACAGUGUAACGGAAUCUGCAGUUGGUGUGAAGUAAAAGAAUAUGACAUUUCAUCACAGACACAUGCUUAAGUGAACCCAUUCACUUGUGGAAAUCUUGAAGGAACGUGAAUCCAUAAUGUGUGGUUAUGGAUGCAUAAGAUGUGAAUGGUUUUUCUACCACCCAAAAAAAUUAAUUCCAUUAGCCCACUGGAGGCCUGUCAGUGGGUUUCACUAUUAUAGACUAAACUGCAGAAUCAUGGGCUCAUUAAUUAGAAUACAACUAAUAAAUUACUAAUUUCCUCUUAUAAGCGCCGGGCUCUUGUUACAAAUUUUGGCUAAAAGAAGACAGGGGCAGUUAUAAUGGGAGAAGGUUGCUGGUUAAGUUUUCUUUUCAAUGAAUUGUAGCUUUGUUUUGGCUAAAUUUUUAAUAGAAAAGCAAAUGAUGUAAAUGUUAAGCCAACAUUAUUACCUUUCAUCAUCUGUUAAAAGAGUGGUUGGUAAUUAAGUGUAUCAUAGCCCCAUUACACACUUAACAUGUGUGCAUGUAUUGGUUUGCUUAUUUUUUUUUUAUCUCAUUAUUGUUUCUCUCAUCAAUUAAGUAGAAAUAGAAAAAUAGAAUAGGGAUUUUUUUGGGUAGAAGAAGUUGAUGAGCAUUUUUUCUGGGGUGGCUUGAUUUAAGUAGUGAUUUUUUGGGGUAGAACAACAAUCUGAAGGUUCAGAUGGUAUGAUGAAUAAACAAACACAAACAUUCAAUUUCUGUUUCGUGUUAUAUCAUUUAAAGCCUUCUGCAAAUUUUUAAGGCUUAGAAAUUCCACAUGGGAUUUUUGGGGGGUUAAUUUUUGGUCCAGGGAUUUUUUGGGGGAUUUUGUUGGAAGCCCUAGGGAUUUCUUUGGGUUUUGAUCCCCAUCACUUGAAAUCCAGAGUAUCUCCAGCCCUGGGGGAAGGGGGAGCUUAUUCACAAGAGGCGCUUGUUUGAUAUGACAUACAUGUAUGGCCUAUGAGGUGGGCACCUUUUUGAGGGAGGUGGGUUAUUAGAGCGUGAGUUUAUUCCAGGAAAUAGAGUAAUUGCCUAAAAUGUGGCAAUGUGAAUAUCAAAGUCCUGUACAUGAUACAAGUGUGAAGCUACAAACCAUCAUGGAAUUGAAACAACUCAAGGAAGGUGUUACAAAUACAAAUGGAAAAAGGAUUUUAUUUUCCCUUUUUGAAAUCCUGGAGUCACAUUUGCAAAGCCUACCAGUCAAAUGCCCUGCUACAGUAAAUGUAUGUCUUAGCUGAUCAUGAGUGUGGGGUGGGGGGAGGUUUAUUGACUGGGGAGUGACAGUAGCAUCAGACAGGACGUGCAGCAGCAUCGGUUCAAAAGUAAAAAUAAAUUAUAUGUAACUAUGCGAACUGCUCUUUGUCUUGACUUGUUGGUCUUGAUUUUAUUAUGAAGGUUACUGCCACCAAUCAGUUCAAAUUUCAUGAUGUGUGGGUUUCAGAGGUCAAGGAUCCAUGUACCAAGCUUUGGUAAGUUAUUUUGCAUUAUUUAAUAAUUUUGUCACAAAAUCAGAAUUUUAUGACUGCAGAAAAAAUGUUUAGUGUUAUGGUAUGAAAAUUUCCUGGGGUGACAGGGCUGGGGUUGGGGGAAGGGAAGGGAAGUUUGGGUAGGGGUUCAAUGCCAAGGUCCUCAGACCUUCAUCCUAUUUAAACAAAAAACCAUUCCCUUCACCACCCUGUUUUCUUGGCCCGAUCCAUUUCCUUGAACUGGCAUCAUGGGAUUAAAUUUUUUUUAAAAAAAAUAAUGGUAUCACACUUGUAGACUGUGCAUCGCCAAAUAUUCACACCCUGUUAAUAGUGAAUUUUUAUAACUUGUUUAAGACUUAAGACCCCCCAACCCUAAAUGAGGGAUGUCUACACUUCCCACUGUGGGAAGUACAUGUAUUCCUUAGUAGCCUCCAGACAGUGGAGUCCCAGACUCCCCUUCUUCUAUCAGCAUACCCCUGGGAUAAAUACACAUUCAAAAAAGCAUUAAUGCAAAUAAAGUUGGGAUAGAAAGAGGUUAUUAUUUUGAAAAAUACACCAGUGAAAAGAAUUAGAUUGUUUAUAAUUAUGUAUUUUUAAUGCAAAGUUACCCUGAAAGUCCCAGCCCAUUUAGCACUACUUAAUUCAUAUCUUACCUUGUGGCUUUUUAUUCUGGUGGGUUUUGAUAUUUUUGUGGUUUCCAUCAAGAUCCACAUACAACUGUAAGAAGUAAACCUGACCACCUCCCACUCCCCCCUCAAGUAAACACAUUGCUGCAAAAGCUAUGACCUCCAUAACUGUAAUAACUUAGAAAGAUAAUACAGUAUUUAUUUUGUUGUAUGUGACAUCUGUUCUCUGGUUAAACCUGGCCCCAGUUGUUCAAAAGGUGGAUAACGCUAUCAGGGUUGUCAAAAGUAGCCGGCUGCCGGCGAAAAUCGCCACCUGCUUUGUUAGUAUCGGCCGGCUACUCUGCUUGGCAUUUCAUUACAGAUGGCAUUUUUUAAAUAAAAUAUCCCUAGAUUGCCGCUUACUUUGACAACUCAGCCGUCUACUUCAAAACUUUCUGACAACCCUGCGCUAUCCACUGGAUAAAUCUCAAUCCGCUGGAUAGAGAUUCAUCUAUAGCACUAUCAAGCGUUUGAACAACUGGGGCCAGGACUAUAAUAUUGUUUUAAACCUUGUUUGGUUCAGAAUUUCCAAUCUUUCUUAGCCCGUAUUAAUCAUACAGAUGUACAGUGUGUAGGUGACAAUGAAAUUCAGGUUUACCCUGAGAACAGAUUUUACUCACAACAUUUUCAACUGUUGGUUUACCUGUAUUUUGACUCAAACAAAAAUAUAAUGUUAACAUUCCGAAGGAGAAAAACCAGACUGGACCAAUCCCAAAAAUCAGUUGUUACAAAUUACAAAAAAUCACCAAUCCAUGAAUUAUAUAAAUUAAACUUCCAGAAAAAGAAAAUGUCAAAUGGUACAUGUACUUGAGAACAUUGCACCUUUAUUUAGUAUGCAUACUUUCUUUCUCUGUUCCUGUUGUAGUGUUCAUGUCUGCGGUGUUAAAGGAUUUUUAGGAUUCCUGUGAUAUCCAGGCUGAUGGAGGUAAGUGUUGGUCAAGUGAAGGUCAAUAUUAUUUUUCUUGGUAUCUUGCAAGUUGUCAGGUUUGAGGUGUGAGAAGUUCUAGUAAUGGUUCUGAAUGUUGGUGUAGGGAUGUUAGUCAUGUCAGACUCUGGAUCAGGGGAGGUCUGAUUUGAGCCCCCUCUGCUCCAUCUGUUGAGCACUAUCCAUAAGGGAAGAAACUUUUCUGGGGUGGGUGGGUGGGGGAGGGGGGGUUGAAAGGAAGUUUGGUUUGGUCUGUGCUGAUAACACCCUUCAAUUCUGACCCUGUUUAAGGCAAAAUGCGUUCAUAUUGCAACCCUGUUUAAGACACUAAAUAGUGAAAUUGAAUAGUGUUUUAAGAUUGAAGAUCCCAUAAACCUCUACCAUGCAGAACAGCACAUACUGAGCAAGCCAAACAUGGAAGUCCCUCCCCCUGCCGAGUACAUGUGUCAAUCGGUAAACUCCCAAGGGACCAGUUUCCAUAUAUAAUAUGGAGGCAAAGAAACAAUGCAUUUGCUAAUGAUGACAUAUUGUCAAGACAUCAUGGCUAAUUUCGGUUGCAUGCAUGAUAGAUCUACUGUUUACCCAUUUUUCAGGACAAUUUUUCAAAAGGUGCACAAACGUACUUGUCAACCGUUUCAACUUCUUGUGCUGAAGAUCAAUUUCACUACAAUAUUGUUCAAAAGCAAUAUUACUAAAUUCUCAGUGAUUCUAAUAGUGCUUAAUUAAACAUUCCUUUUGUAUGUUACUGCAAGCACAAAUUUUAAGACAGAUAAUACAACUAUAAAGUAUUGUGAGUAUUUUUUUCUGUCUUUUUGCAUUUCCUCCUUUUAUUGAACAGGAAUGAUCUGUAACAUGUAAACGAUGAAACGUGAUCUAUGACAUCAAAAAAUUAUUUCGAAGAAAACAACUGACUGGUGUCAUGAUCUCAAAAGAUGUGUGUGUUAUCAGGAAUUACAGAAAUAUACAUUGUUUUUUUGGGUUUACCUAUGUGUAAGAACCUGUGAACUUUUUCUUUGUUUUGCACCUUUUGUUUUUCUAGGUUCUAUUGUGUUUACUUCUUUGUUUUCUUUGUUUUUUGUCACUUGUGAGUUUAAUAGGUUCUUACACCAAUGCAAGGUUGAGCCGUUUUUUCAAAAAUAUAAUAAUAUAAUACGUGGACAUGAGCAAAAAAAAAUGGUAAAGAAAAAUUUUGGAUAGUAUUUCUUUAUGAGCUUUUAAUUCUAAAUAUCUGGUAAAAAGGUAACAUUAUCCAACUUAUUAAAAAUCUAAUAUAGAUUUUACUAACAACAUAAUUUUUUCCAAGUUUUGUGGCUCACAGCCACUUUGAUCUCAGUCAAGGAACUAUUUCUCACUUUACCUCUCUUCUCACAGGUCUUUAAUUUUGUAUUUUUUUUUAACUGGCUACAUACCAUUAGGAGCAAUGCUGUGGUGGACCUCCAGGGAGGGGUGGGGGAAGCUGGGCUGGGAAUAGUUCUUGGCAAUUCAUGGUACUCAAACCAAGAUAAGCUCUUGCUGUGUGGGCUUCAAUGGCUUGUUUCAACCCUUUAAGCACCAGUAUCCACAUACAAAUUCUCCACACUGAUCUCAAUGCAUUUCUUAACCCUUUAAGCCCUAAGAGUGAUCAGCAUCAAAUUUCUCCUUGUAGUAUCACUUCUUUAUAAAACACAGUGGUCAUGAGAAUUGAGGACCUGAUCACACAAGAUGAAUCUAAUUGAUACUUCAACAAAUUCUCCCCACUACUUCUAUUGAAAAAAAAUAGGGACAACAAAUGAGAAUUUUAAUUUUGAUAUUAGGGUUUAAAGGGUUAAAAGAAUUGCAUGCAGUUAGGAGAAUUUGAUUAAUGAUCAAAGCAUUUUCCCUGAGUGAUCAUUUUAUUCAUUUCAUAUCACUACAUAGGCAGUUUACAUACAUGUAGUCCACACCUCUUAGUAUGAAUAAAUCAUACUAGGCCAGUCCACGUGAAGUGUUACAUUACAUAAUUAAUUGACUUAACACAGUCUAUCAUUUAAGAAUAAAGGGGGAGGGGAGGGGAGGCUUAAAAGAGAGCGGGGGCUUAAUAACUUUCUUCCCUUGAAAAGGGGGGGGGACUUAUUUGGUAGGGGGCGGGGGGUUAAUAGAGGAUUUAAUUAUGGUAUAGAUAUAUACAUAUACAUGAGACAUAACUGGUAGCCCAAACUCAAAACAUGUUCUGCAUGUUUUCCUAGUCAGUUUUUUCAGUCCUCUUGCCGACAGAAAAGCAGUGGAAGACAAUGCUCAAUUAAAGUUUACAAGAACUUACUAUUAAAAAGGCUUUUUAAUAACCUGAGAUCAGGCUCUAUUUUUGUUUCACUUUGUAAAUAACAUUCUGGCAGGCACGCCGAAACGAAACGGGAAAUUUUAGCGGGACUACGUAAGAGAGAAUAUAUGAGAACUGCUAAAAUUGAGCGUGAUCUCAGGUUAGCUUUUUAAUAAACCCUUUAAUAAAUUUAUGCCACUCUUCUUUUAGGAAUUGUCAUCCUUUCCUAGUACAGCCUCUACAUCACAGAAAGACCAUGAAAGCAAUUCAGAAUCCACUUCCUCCAAGAUAUUAAGAGUAACUCUGUUAAGCAGUGAAUGGAGAUCAACAAAAGGAGGCUUGUCAACCAUCAACCGAGAGCUGGCCAUUCAGUUGGCAAAACAUCCCAGCGUGAAGGUCAGUGUUUAUCUCCCUCAGUGUAGUGAAGAGGAUAAACAAGUUGCCAGAGAUCACAAUGUCCGCCUUAUUAAAGCAAGAGAAAUGCCAGGUCUAGAACCCAAUUUCUGGUUGUCUUGUCUGCCAGAAGACCAUGCUGUGGACUGUGUGAUAGGACAUGGGGCUGUUCUUGGUCGGCAAGUACAGUUUAUCAAGCGAACUCAUCCUUUCUGCAAGUGGAUUCAGGUUGUUCAUACCGCUCCAGAAGAACUUGGAAUGUAUAAAGAAUAUGAAGAACGCAUUUCCAAAGGUGAGAAGAAGCACCAAGUGGAGAUUGAACUCUGUAAACUGGCUGAUCAAGUUGUAGCAGUUGGACCCAAGCUGGCUGAAGCUUUUUCAGGUUAUCUACGUCCCUUUGGAAAGGAUCAAGAUGUUCUCAAUCUUACCCCAGGCAUUUUCUCUGAGUUUGCUGAUGUAAAGCAAGCCUCUCAAGAAAUAAGUUCAUUCAGUGUUUUAGUGUUUGGACGUGGCGACAGUGAAGAUUUUCAGCUGAAAGGGUAUGAUAUCGCUGCCCAAGCCAUUUCUGAGUUGAAUGACAUGACCUACAAACUUGUGUUUGUCGGAGCAACAAGCGGAGAAGAAGAGAAAGUAGCCGACCUGCUUCUCAAGCAAGGCAUUGAUCGCAGUCAACUCAGGGUGCGUCGUUUUAAUGAAAGCAGAGAGAAGCUAGCCCAGUUGUUUUGCGAGGUAGAUCUUGCUAUAAUGCCAUCACGAACUGAGGGCUUCGGUCUAGCUGCCCUUGAGGCUUUAUCAGCUGGUCUGCCUGUGCUGGUCAGUGGGAACUCUGGUCUUGGCGAGGCUUUCAAGAAAGUUUCGUUUGGUUCAAACAGUGUUGUGGAGUCGGAAAAUCCUAAAGAUUGGGCCAAUGCAAUCAAAGCUGUUCGUCAAAAAGACAGAGAGAUGCGACUUGACGAGUGUAAAACCCUCCGUAAAAAAUACGCUAAAAAGCACAACUGGCGAGAUGACUGUAAUAGACUUGUGGAACAAAUGUUAACCAUUUCUGGAGGUACUUUCUGU